GAUUUGUCCCUACGUGCCAUCCGUAUGAAAUUGGCGAUUUCAAGAUGGCGGCCACCACAGUUGGAAACGACAUUAUCGAAGAUGACCUUCCCAGUGCAGUUCAUCUACUAAACAAUCUCACAGAACAGGUGGCAUCUGUAACAGGUCACGUCCGAGAUGUGAUGAUGAAAGUCCGAGAGAAGGCAUUUCAGACAUUUAAGGGUUUGUCUUGUUUGGACUUGAGAUAUCAUCUGUUACUGUUUUAUCUGCAAGAUGUGACACAUUUAAUCAGUUUAAAAACAGAGGGAGAAAGUAUAAAGGACAACAGCGCCAUCCACAGGCUGGUCACCAUUAGAACAGUACUGGAGAAAAUGCGUCCCCUGGAUCAAAAGCUGAAAUAUCAGAUUGAUAAAUUAAUGCGGACAGCGGUGACAGGCAGCCUCUCUGAGAAUGAUCCUUUACACUUCCGUCCUAAUCCUCAAAAUAUGGCCAGCAAGCUCAGUGAAUCUGAGGAAUCAGAUGAUGAGGAUGAAGCAGGAAAAACAAAGGAUUCUGGGACCAAAGAGCCUCUAGCCGGCAGGAAAUAUGUUCCUCCUCGGAUUGCUCCUAUGCAUUAUGAUGGGGAUGUAACCGAAGCAGACAGGCAAAAGGAUCUGAUUGAUAAACAGAAGAAAGCAGCACUCCGCAGUUCCGUGAUCCAGGAGCUCCGGCAGCAAUACAGUGAUGCUCCUGAAGAGAUCAGAGACCGCAGAGACUUCCAGACAGACCGGGAGACACGAGAGGAGCAACACAGGAAAAACUAUGAGGAGACCAUGAUGGUCCGUCUGAAUAUGACACGCGAGGAGCGGCACAGGAAGAGAGGGCUGAUGGGAAUGUCAUCCCAGCUGAAUAAUAUUGCACGAUUUGGUGACAUCACGGCUCUGACAGGUGGAGAAGCACAGGAUGUUGAUAAUCCCAGACCUAAGAAAAAGAAGAAAAUGACUAAGAAAAUUAAAAAGAAAGCUUUCAAGAAGCGCAAGUAGAACACCUGAUACCAAGAAUGAAAAAUCUUAAAUAAAGAACAUGUGUAACUUUUCCAUAAUUCAAAUACAUUUGAAAUGAA